UAGCCACUUGCCUUUAAGAUGAACCCAGAAAGUAUAGGGCUCUAACCUCGUCCGCAUUUCCCCCCUUGAUUUCCUCUUUUCCCCUGACUCGUUGACCCUAAUUUCUCGACUCACUCGAUACUCGAUUCACUGUUUACAAGCUCUAGAUCUGUUACUUACAAGGCCCGAUUUCAUAGUUCCAAGAUCUGUUUCCACCAUCUAAAUACCGCCGUUUUUGGAACUCAACUCGUACGAGCUUCAGUUUUCAAGGUUGAAAUUUGGGUGUGCUUAGCUUUGAUUUGGUCUACUGGAAAUGUCGAUUUUACCCAAAGGUGAUUCGGUUCAUAUUCGAGAAGUUUGGAAUGAUAAUCUAGAAGAAGAGUUUGCGUUGAUCCGUGAAAUUGUUGACACUUACAAUUAUGUAGCUAUGGAUACCGAGUUCCCGGGUGUAGUUCUACGCCCCGUUGGAUCUUUCAAGAACAUCAACGAUUAUAACUACCAAACUUUGAAAGAUAAUGUGGAUAUGUUGAAGUUGAUCCAGUUGGGUCUCACUUUUUCGGAUGAGAAUGGGAAUCUGCCCACCUGCGGAACUGAUAGCUCUUGCAUUUGGCAAUUCAAUUUCUGCGAGUUCGAUAUAAGCCAAGAUAUAUUUGCUAGUGAUUCCAUCGAGCUGUUGCAUCAGUGUGGGAUUGAUUUUAAGAAGAACAAUGAAAAGGGUAUCGAUGUGAUGCGGUUUGGGGAGCUUUUGAUGUCGUCCGGGAUUGUGCUGAAUGAUUGUGUGAAUUGGGUAACUUUUCAUUGUGGAUAUGAUUUUGGGUACUUGCUAAAGCUUUUAACUUGCAGGAGUUUGCCUGAUAACCAAGCAGGAUUCUUUGAUUUGAUCAACAUGUAUUUUCCCAUAUUGUACGAUAUCAAGCAUAUGAUGAAGUUUUGCAAUAGCCUACAUGGUGGUUUGAACAAGCUUGCUGAGUUGUUGGAAGUGGAAAGAGUCGGUGUGUGUCACCAAGCUGGCUCGGAUAGUUUGCUCACAUCAUGCACAUUUAGGAAGUUGAGAGAUAACUUCUUCAAUGGCUCCACAGAGAAAUAUGCAGGCGUGUUGUAUGGUUUUGGGGUUGAAAAUGGACAGAAUACUAAUUAGAAGGAAAAAUAAUUGGGAAAAGUUCGAUGAAUGUGGACUACUUUCAGUGUGAGGCUUAAAUUUUAUUUGUAUACAUUGGCAAAAAUGAUUGUUAAUUUAGUUGGGAGCUUAUCUCCUUUGCUUGCACUGUAACUGAAACCUUAACUGGUUUCCUAGUUGAAGUCGUGUAUAAAUUACGCAGUUAGUGUUUCAAUAAUAAUUUUAAUCAUUUGUGUUGCAUUCAA